AUGGCCUUGACGACGCGCAUCGUGAAGGAAACUGAGAAGCUUCAGCGGGAAUGCCCACCAGGCAUUUCGGCGGCACCGACAAGAGACAACCCCCGUUAUUUCAUGGUUAUCAUCCGCGGCCCGCCCCAGAGCUGCUAUGAAGGUGGCAUUUUUCAUUUGGAGCUUUUCCUACCCGAGGAUUAUCCGAUGGUACCGCCAAAGGUACGUUUUCUUACGAAAAUAUACCACCCUAACGUGGAUAAGAUAGGACGGAUUUGUUUGGAUAUCAUCAAAGAUAAGUGGUCGCCCGCACUACUCAUCAACAAGGUUCUCCUGUCUAUCCAGAUUCUCAUGAGCAGCCCCAACCCAGAUGAUCCGUUAGCCAACGAUGUAGCCGACCACUGGAAAAGGGAUGAGGCCGAUGCGUUAGAGACGGCGCGCGAGUGGACGCGGCUUUAUGCACAGAAAUGA